AUGCGCUCCUACAUCCCCGGUGCGAGCAGCGCCGGGCUCUUCGUGGCCGCGCUCGCUGCCCGGCCGCGAUUGCUCGGCCAUAACCGCGUGCGCUCUGCCGCCGGUGGGCCUCGGUGUGCAGCGCUGGGCAGCCUGUCUGCCGCGAUCUCGGACGCGGCCUUCUCGCACGCGGUGGAGCGCGCGGUGCAGGAGCGGGGCUACCCGCACCAGCUCGAGCUGCCUCACUUCCUCUCUGCGUGCGGCCUCUCCGGCGACGGUGUCGCCUUUGUGCCUGGCGCUCCGGCGCCGGAGGAGGCGCCCCUGGUGCUCGACGUGCGCUCGCCGUGCGAGUUUGCAAAGGGCCACCUGCCGGGCGCAGUCAACAUGCCGCUCUUCUCCGACGAAGAGCGCGCCGUCGUCGGGACGCUCUACAAGCAGCAGGGCCCAGAAGAGGCGGUGGCGAAGGGCGUGAGGCUGAUCGAGGCGUCGUGGAGGGGUAUGGUGGACGCGCUGCCGCCAAAGGCGCGCGAGGGGGGGAGGCUGCUCGUCUACUGCAAGCGCGGCGGGAUGCGCUCCGGCGGCGCCGCCUGGCUCCUCUCCCAGCUGCCUCUCGAGGUAGUGACCCUGCGGGGAGGGUAUCAGGGCUUCCGCAGGUGGGUGAGGGAGGAGGCGUUCCAGGCGCUCGACCGGGAGCUGGUCGUGCUGGGGGGGCGGACCGGCUCGGGGAAGACGGACGUCCUCCUCGCCAUGGCCGAGGCGAGGCGCGCGCAGGUGGUCGACCUGGAGGGAGUGGCGCAGCACCGCGGCUCCUCCUUCGGCGCGCUGGGCCGGCCGGCGCAGCCCUCGAACGAGAUGUACGAGAACCUGCUCGCGCUGCAGUGCGUCCUCAAGCUGGAGAGGAAGCUCGGCUCGGGCCGCGCAGCCAGCCUCGUCUCGCUGCUGCUCGACCGCUCUCCGCCCGCCCUCGGCGAGGUCGCCGACCUGCUGCUCACGCACUACUACGACUCAAUGUACGAGCACCAGGCCAAGAAGCGGCCCGGCGCCGUCGAGACGCUGCCCUGCGACACCGCGGACGCGGACGCCGCCGCCGCCGCCAUCCUGCGGCACGUCGGGUGCUGA